AUGUUCGAGAAGUGGCGCGAAGAACGGGAAGCUGCUGGAGUCGACGAGUGGGCGCCGUUCCAAGAUCAAGAGGAAUGGGAGCUGUUCAGAUGGCUUAUCAAGACUGUGGGUCAGACGAACAUCGACGACUUCCUGAAGUUAUCAAUUAUACGACGGGACUGCAAUCUGUCUGCGGGUACUAAGUACAAGUUCUUUCAACACAUAGAUGCCUUACCUACUGGCGUUCCCUGGCAAUGUGACAUGAUCACUGUUCAAGGUGACCGCCUCGACGAUAACGGGCAGCCUCUCCUCGAACAACUCGAGCUCUGGAGACGCGACCCCGUUGACUGCGUGCUCGAGCUCAUUGGAAACGCCGCCUUCGACGGGAAUGUUGCGUAUGGACCAGAGAGAGUCUUUGCAGACGAGGAUGCGACUAUCAGGCGUUACGACGAGAUGUGGACCGCGGAUUGGUGGUGGAAGACACAGGGAAAGCUGCCAGAAGGUGCAACAAUCGCACCUGUCAUGAUCGCGUCCGACGCGACAAAGCUAACGAACUUCGGCGGCAAUAAGAAGGCGUGGCCUGUCUACCUCUCUAUUGGAAACAUUGCGAAAGCGAUUCGCCGUCAGCCGUCGCAGCGGGCGACCGUUCUUAUUGGGUACAUACCCGUCUCGAAGCUUACGUGCUUCCAGGACUCGACCCGCAGUCUAUCUGGUUAUCGCCUCUUCCAUCAUUGCAUGUCACGUCUUCUCCAGCCUCUCCGUCAGGCUGGCCUCGAGGGUAGGGAGAUGACUUGCGCCGACCGCUGCGUUCGAAGGGUCCAUCCGAUCCUCGCGGCGUACACCGCGGAUUAUCCCGAACAAUGCCUCGUAUGCUGCUGCAAAGAGAAUAGCUGUCCACGAUGCACCGUACCUCCCCCGCGACGAGGGGAACAGCUCUACAGUCCACCUCGUAACGUCAACGAGACGCUAGACGCACUGCAAGCUCAUAAAAACGGUGAAGAGUCAGCGCGCUUCACUUCGGAACAGCUGCGACCUGUCUACGAACCUUUCUGGGCGACUCUUCCUCAUUGCGACAUCUUCGCGUCGAUCAUGCCAGAUAUUUUACAUCAGCUGCAUAAAGGCAUGUUCAAGGAGCACAUACUGUCAUGGUGCACCACACUAGCAGGGACAGACGAGAUUGACCGCCGCUUUCGGGCGAUGACAGACUUCCCUGGUCUCCGCCAUUUCCAGAAUGGCAUCUCGACUGUCUCACAGUGGACUGGGCGCGAACACAAAGAGAUGCAGCGCGUAAUCGUCGGACUCCUCGCCGGCGCGAUACCCGCGGAUGCCCUUGCAGUUGCUCGUGCGCUGGUCGACUUCAUCUACUACGCGCAGCUUCAGUCCCAUGAUGACACGACACUUGCUCACCUGCAGACAUCCCUGGACACCUUUCAUCGCCACAAGGAAGUCUUCAUCUCGCUAGGUAUCCGGGAACACUUCAAUAUUCCGAAGCUGCAUAGCCUUCUCCACUACAUCGAGGCCAUCCGCUCGCACGGCUCAUGCGAUGGAUAUAACACGGAGCUUCCAGAACGCCUGCACAUUGAGCUGGCGAAGGAUGCGUACCGAGCGAGUAACCACCGUGAUUACACGGCGCAGAUGGUCACUUGGUUGUCACGUCAGGAGGCCGUCGAUCUACAUGCCGCGUACGUUGCUUGGUUGCGAAGAUUGGAGAGCAGGGAGGACUUGGUACAAGAAUCAGAUGACUCGGAGGCGGCUGCACCAGAGUCAGAAGACGAACCCGAUGAAGUUGACUCUGGUGCAAGAGAAGAUUCCCCAAUUCCAUCCGUUGCCCCGUGCUCGAACUCGCUGGCCGGUCGCUCUGAAUACGCAAUCGCAAAGACUUGUCCCUCCCCCAAUACAUCGCUUCGUCAGCUCGAGACCGACCACAAUGCUACCGAAUUCCUACCUGCGUUCACCGAUUUCGUCCGCGACAACAUGCCUCAAUGUCACCUCAGACCGAAUAGCAUGGACCGCUACGACGUCUACAAGAACAUGUCAGUCACGUAUCCUGCCGACCCACACAGUGACGCAACAACACAUACCGAUAGGAUUCGAGCAAUGCCCGCCGCGAGAGCAUUGAGUGGUGGUCGGAGACAACCACAGGGCGCUCACUUCGACACAGCGUUCAUCAUCGAUCCAGAAGUUCCCAUUGAUGGACGCCAGAGUGCGCGAGAAAUCAGCUCAUCUCACGUCGUAGGCACGAGAGUUGGGCGUAUCCGUGUGAUCUUCGAUCUUCCCUGGCAAUUUGGAACUCUGCCCCAUCCUCUCGCGUACGUUGAAUGGUACACACCUCUACGACGUCUAGAUCCAGCCACGGGUCUCUAUGUCAUCUCGCGUUCAACACGCAAUGGUGGGAAACCUAAUGCAAGUGUCGUUACCAUUGACAAAAUACGACGUGCUUGUCAUUUGAUCCCGAAGCACGGCAAAACAAUAGACAGAGGACUUACUAAAGAUAACGCACUUGACUUUGCUCAGGCUACCGAGUUUCGUGUUAAUUCGUAUAUAUCAGUAGACCUCAGGACAUUGCCAGGAUGA